GGCUUAUGUAGCUCCGACCUCUGCCGCGGCGUGUCGCUGUUGUUGUGCGUCCUAAGGGGGCAAGUCUGACGCUUCUAACACCAAGCGCUCUUUGGUUUUAUGGCAUGGGUUUGUUUCCGGAUGUUGUAUUGGGCAAGAAUGGCUGCGAUGUUUACGUGUUGUCUAGGCUGCUGCGGAGACGGUGGAUCGGGGCACAUUCCCCUCAAAGAAAUGCCCACUGUUCAGUUAGAUACUCACCACAUGGGCACAGAUGUUGUCAUUGUAAAGAGUGGCCGGAGGAUAUGUGGCACUGGAGGCUGUCUGGCCAAUGCUCCUCUGCACCAGAACAAAAGUUACUUUGAGUUUAAGAUCCAGUCCACUGGUGUUUGGGGAGUAGGUGUGGCCACACAGAAAGUGAACCUUAAUCAAGUGCCUUUUGGCAGAGACACAAAUAGCCUAGUCCUGAGGCAUGAUGGGUCUGUGUACCACAAUAAUGAAGAGAAGAAUCGUCUACCUGCAAACAGCCUCCCCCAGGAAGGUGACAUUGUUGGCAUCACAUAUGACCACGUGGAGCUGAAUUUAUAUUUGAAUGGAAAGAACAUGCAUUGUCCUGCCUCAGGGAUCCGAGGCACCGUAUACCCGGUUGUUUAUGUGGAUGACAGUGCCAUCCUAGACUGCCAGUUUACUGACUUCUAUCACACACCUCCACAAGGAUUUGAGAAGAUCCUCUUUGAACAACAAAUCUUCUGAAGGAGCACUUCAGCCUCAGCCCCUCUUUACGUUGUCGUCCUCUUCUAUAUCACAUAGCAACCUCUGUGGCACUACAGUUUGACCUUGAUUGAAUGUUAUCAUCAUACGUUGCUUGAAUGCCUUUUGUUUAGUUUCCCCGAUUACUCUCUCUCUCUCUCUCUACUGCUGCUCUGGAUUGAUGUUGGAAUAUCCUUGAAGAAGUUUGGAUUCGUGAUCAUUGGUUGGCUGUGAUGGGCUGUUAAGUUUACGCUAAUGAAAAACUUAAGUCAUUACCUUGUGUCAGUGGUAAUCACCUUGCAUUGACUGACACACUUUCAGUUGCUGCUUACAUCAUCAGUCUGUUUAGAUACCCGGAUCAGAAGCCAUGUUUGAUUGACAUUGCUUUAUAGACAUGUUUUUCAAUAUGUAUUUCCCUAAAUGCCAAACUGACAUCUAAGCAUAUGCCCUAUAUUUAUUUGUAUUUAUUUGAAUCACAGAUCAAAUUAAUGUAAUUUUUUCUGGCCAUCAAAGGUUUGUGGACUAAUUGAGGGGUCAGCUGUCAGUAAUUACACACCAUUAAACAAUAUCCCAUUUACAUUUAUGUUGUCAUCUUUAUUUAAAAAUACAAUUAACAGUGGGGAACUUUGCAGCAUUUCAUGUUGUGUCAGUGUGAGUUGACACAGAGGGAGUGGUUUAAAAUACUAACUCCAGUAAACCAGUGCACAUUCCAGGGGACAGCCAGUUUCUGAGGUUGAAUCUUCACUGGUAAGGUGUCAGGUAUGCUGAGGUGAUGGUGCUGGAAAAUGUUUCAUAAAGUGAAAUAUUUCUGAAAUGCCUGACACUAAUAUGUAAUAAGUUUAAUUCCUCUCUAAUCACUUCUAUGAACAGCCCUGUAGUUUCCUCGUCCUGAAAUCUUUUUAUGGAGUAUUUAUUCUAAAUAUCAGAAUAUUACCGGAGCUGACGCUAUUUGUCUCUGAUUAGAGAUAUGUGGUUAAAAAUGUCAGUCUGUUGUGUUUUAUUGGCAUAACAUAUCUGCUGAAGUGUGACAUUUAAAUAUUUCAAAUGCUUGUCUUUGUUUGCACUAAUGAUGUUAUUGUACAAGCAAAUUCAAAUGUUGAUUCAUUAAACUUUGGUGU